AGAAAAAAAACCAAUCUCUAUCUCUCUGAAGUUUCUCUGUGGUGAAAUUGAGAAAAUCAGAAUGGUGAAAAAAGGAGGCACGAAGAGGAAGAUUGCGAUUGAGACGAUACAGAAUAGAGAUUCCCUUAGGGUUACUUGCACCAAACGCCGUGAAGGUCUCUUUAGCAAAGCCUCUCAGCUUUGUCUUCUCUCCGGUGCACAAAUCGCUAUCUUAGCCACUCCUCCUUCUUCUGAAUCCAACGUCUCCUUCUACUCUUUCGGUCACUCCUCUGUUGAUGCCGUUGUCUCUGCUUUUCUCUCUGGACAACGUCCUGUUUCGGCUCCUGUUCCGGAGGAUAACAAAGAGAUGAGGGAGGACGUUGGUAUCUGCUUGACUCGUAAGAAUCUAGGGUUAGGGUUUUGGUGGAAUAACGAGAGCCUUGCCAGAUCGGAGAAUCCUCAAGAGCUUAGUGACGCUAUCGAUUCCAUGUGGACGUUGUUGAGUAAUCUCAAGGAAUUGCGUGCGGAUGAAGCUUUCGUUAAUGAUCACGAGGACUUGAAGAAGAAUGAGAAGAGCGAUCAAACCCUAAAUCUUCAGUCCACUUCCGCAAUUUGUUGCAUUCCUGAUGAUUUACCUGAAACUAUCAACGAGAUUACUCAAGAGCCAGUUCAAACCCUAAAUCUUCAGUCCACUACUACAAUUUGUUGCGUCCCUGAUGAUCUCGCUGUACUCGAUGAUGAAGAGCAGGAUCAGAUCCUCUCGAUUUGUGAAAGCUUUUGUGUGACGGACAACAACAACAAUGCCUUACCUGAAGGAAACUUGGAUUAUGGUCCAGAGAUGGAUAUUGAUAUUGAUCAACUCGUUGAUUUCGAGACAAAUUUUGAAAGCUCCCUCGAUGAUUGGUUUUCCAACAACACUCAACAGGAACUUGAGGAGACCAAUGGAAACUGGUUUGACCUCGAUCAGUUUUCCAUAUAUGUAUGAGGGAAAUUGAUCGAACUCAAACUGGUUCUGCUUCAGUUUUGGUUUGUUUAAUGAUAAUGUUUUAAGUUCUGGUUUCAUGUUUUGUAUUUGUAUUUGUGUUCUGGUUCUCUGUUUUGUGUUUGACUUAUUUGUUUGUUAAAGUCUAAACUCAUGUCAUUUGUCUAUAAAUCUACUCGGAUCAAAAAGGAAAUAUUCUUUAAUCUAUGGCUGAUCUUAUCUGAUAAAUUUUGGUAGAUAACCAAAAAGGUAAUCAAUGAGCAUUUACAACAGAAGCAUGCGUGACCAAAAAAGCAUAUGCAUGUGCCUAAGCAAUCCCUGGCUUUCUUCCAUGAGAUUCUUCAGAUUCAUCAACCUUUGAGGCUUGUCUUAUUCUGCUUGCUGAAAAUUCCACAUAUGUGUCUAUACCAGAAGUGAGAAUUACCUUUUUUUAUGUUUGAACACAAAAUGGUUAUAAGAAAACACAAGAGAGAGAUGAGUUUUUGGUUACCGUUGGUUUCU